UAACACAGGAGAUGGCGACGAUUCUGGGCAGCGAAACAUCGUAUUUCCACUUAGCGUUUGGAAAAAGCACGUAAAGCGGAAGGCUGGGUCUAACGCCCACCAGUGGGCACCGCCCCCUCUGAGCCCCACCCCUACCAGGGCCUCGCGUCCUUGCUAUUGGUUCCUUUCCCUGCGCCGUCAGUUGCCGUGGAGACCAAGGCUAUGGCAACCAGGAGAAGCCAAACUUGGUCCUUCCUCCCGAACCGCGGAGCGCUCCAGGACAAGGGGCUGGACUCCGCGCCGGGUUCAUGGCGCUCUACGAGCUUUUCUCUCACCCUGUCGAGCGCGGUUACCGCGCGGGGCUCUGCUCCAAGGCCGCGCUCUUCUUGCUGCUGGCCGCCGUGCUCACGUACAUCCCGCCGCUGCUGGUGGCCUUCCGGAGCCACGGGUUUUGGCUGAAGCGGAGCAGCUACGAAGAGCAGCCGACUGUGCGCUUCCAGCACCAGGUGCUGCUCGUGGCCUUGCUAGGACCCGAUCCCGGCGGGUUCCUGGCCUGGAGCACGUUCCCCGCCUUCAACCGGCUCCAGGGGGAUCACCUGCGCGUCCCGCUGGUAUCGACUAGAGAAGAAGACAAGAACCAGGAUGGGAAGAUGGAUGUGCUGCAUUUUAAACUGGAGCUUCCUCUGCAAUCCACAGAACAUGUUCUUGGUGUGCAGCUCAUCUUGACUUUCUCCUACCAAUUGCACAGGAUGUCGACAUUCGUGAUGCAGAGCAUGGCGUUCCUCCAAUCCUCCUUCGCUGUUCCAGGGUCCCAGCUCUAUGUGAACGGAGAACUGAGGCUGCAGCAGAAGCAUCCCCUGAGCUGUGGUGGCCUCGAUGUUCGGUACAACGUGUCUGUAAUCAACGGGACCAGCCCUUUUGCCCGUGACUAUGACCUCACCCACAUCGUUGCCGCUUACCAGGACAGGAAUGUGACCACCGUCCUGAUGGACCCCCACCCCAUCUGGCUGGUGGGAAGGGCUGCCGGAGCCCCAUUUGUGAUUGACGCUGUCGUCCGGUACCCAGUGGAGGUCAUUUCUUAUCUACCAGGGUUCUGGGAAAUGAUUAAGUUUGCCUGGAUCCAGUAUGUCAGCAUCCUGCUUAUCUUCCUCUGGGUUUUCGAAAGAAUCAAAAGAUUUGUGUUUCAGAAUCAGGUGGUGACCACAAUCCCUGUCACAGUCAUGCCCCAGGGAGAACCGUAUAAGGAGCAUUUAUCAUAAGAAGACCAUUUCUGGGAACUAAGCAGGACCUGGCUACCUCAUCCUUGUCUUCUGAGAACGGCCAUCUUAAGAAAUGUUUGCAAAGAGCUUCUCAUGGACACGUGCCCAUGCGUGUCCUUUUCCCAUCAGAGACAAAGGACAAUCCCUUCUAAGUUUUCUCUACGCAAAUUCCAUGUCUUCUAAGCACCUCCAAAAUCUUCAGGGACUAGUUUGUGGAAACAUCCAAGGGUUUCUAAAGGCUAUAAUUUGCUUGCUUGCUUCUCUCUCUCUCUCUCUCUCUCUCUCUCUUUUUCUUUUUGCCUUAGACUUGAAUUUCAGGAGAAAACUACAGUCCGUUCAGAACUCUUGGAAAGAGUCCCAUCUCUGAUCAAGCAAAGACUUUUCCUCUCUUGAACCGAGAAACAUGCUAUGCAUUUCUUCCCACUAUUGUAAACCACUUUUUACUCUUUUCAGGGCUCUCGUGUGAGAGAUAUGCAAAUCAGUCGCACUUUCCACUCCUGAGCAUCUAAAUUUCCCAUUCAGAACUUUGGUUUCCAGAACUGAGAGGUCCUUGAAGGGGAGAAUGGGAGCGAGAGAAAGGGAGCGCCCGGGAGCCCAUGCACGCACGCGUGUGGGGUGGGCGACUCCAGGACACCGGGAAGGUCCACCUGCCCUCAGGCUAACAGACAGAGGUCUGUCAUCAGCUCGGCUGAGCAGCCCUUUAUCCCUGGCCCGCUGUGGCUGGCUUUUUGCCCUGCCUUUCGCCCCGUCUGUGCCCCUGGAACAGCAGGCUGAAGCCAGAGUGCUGUUUCGUUCACAGCCCCCUCAGCAACAGGGGAGGAAGUGAGGAUUGUAACAACAGUUUCUUUCUCUCUGGCCCUCACCCAACAGCCUGGACACUUGCCACUCCUGCUCCUUGACAGCCCUCCCCCCGUCUUGAAAAGGACGCGGGUGACAGAGGACCUGUUGUUAGUGUUGGCUCCCACUGCCAACAACCACAGAGUUUAUUUGGAGGGCUAGCGGGCAACCCAGCUGCUUGUAUUUCCCUUGGUGGAGGAACAGGGUGCCCAUCAGAGGGAGCAGCUUCGGGAGGACGCACAAGGUGCAGUGAGGGGAUACAGAGGAAGCUCGCCCUCCCAGGACAGCCUAACCCGGCCGGCCUGGUCAUUACCAGAAUGACAGGAUCAACCUCUUGCCUAAGCAAGUGUCUUCACUCGCUGAAAUGGGCCUCUGCUGCACACGGAAGACAAGUUCUCCGUCCUUGGCCUGAGGAACCGAGCCGUCCUCAAAGGACAGAUGGAUCCGCUUUAUGAUCCCAAGGUGUCACCGGCACUGGAGACACGCCUGCUCUGAACCAUGCUUCAAACCCACCCACAAACACACUCCUCUACACCUGUAUGCCUCAGUUUACCUUGGAGAUUCAGUUCUCAUUUCCAAAGCACCUUUUCUUGCAGGCUGACCAAAAUGAGAGUUUUGGGGAAACAGCUGUUUUGAAGUAUUUAAGCACAAAAAUAGCUUAACACUGGCCCCUCUGCCUUGUCUUUUAAUAUCUAGGGCUGUUUAUAUACCCACACAUGUUUUUUUUCUUGGGAUUUAAAUGAAAAAUGGUUUCUGGUUUGAAUCACAAAAAGGUAAGGAGAAAUGGGAAGAUAGCUAAAGGCGUGAACAAACACUGCUUUGCAUUUUGUUAAAUUAUUUUAACGCAGAAUUUGUAUAAAGAACCGCAAUGUUUUGUACCUUUCUAAUUAAAAUAUUCAA